AUAAAUAAAUACCGAAUUUCGAAGAGAGAGAGAGAGAGAGAGAGAGCGAUCCCUUUCUUUCUCCUGUGAUCCAUCACCGUGGUUUGCGAUCGAAGGGAAAAGAGGGAGAGGAAGGGGAGAGGGGUUUGGUGGGAGGAGGAGAUAUAUAACAAUGGGGUGCUCGUUCUCGGGGCUCAACGCUUUGUACGACGCGGUGAACGGGGGGGGUGAUGUGUGGAUCAACGAGAACCGAUUCAGGAUCGUGAGGCAACUCGGCGAGGGCGGGUUCGCCUUCGUCUACCUCGUCAAGGAGAUCGUCGCCGACGCCGGCGCCGCCGCAAAGAAGUCGCUACACCCCUCCCACGUCUCAGAUGAUGGAACAUAUGCUAUGAAGAAAAUCCUUAUUCAGAGCACGGAGCAAUUAGAGUUGGUGAGAGAGGAGAUACGCAUUUCAUCUCUUUUUAGUCAUCCUAACUUGCUUCCCCUUCUCGAUCAUGCAAUUAUUGAUGUUAAGGGUCCACAAGGAGGGUCAUGGAACCAUGAAGCUUACCUAUUAUUCCCAGUUCACUUGGAUGGUACUUUAUUGGAUAAUACUAAAGCUAUGCUGGCAAAGAAGGAAUUCUUUCCCACGCUUACUGUUCUGCAAAUAUUCAGACAGCUUUGUGCAGGACUGAAGCACAUGCACAGUUUUGAUCCUCCAUAUGCGCAUAAUGAUGUAAAACCUGGUAAUGUUCUUAUAACACACAGGAAAGGACAACCACCUCUCGCCAUCCUAAUGGAUUUUGGAAGUGCUAGGCCUGCAAGAAAGGAAAUCCAUUCUCGUUCGGAGGCACUACGGUUGCAGGAAUGGGCUGCUGAGCAUUGUUCUGCACCUUUCCGAGCUCCUGAGUUGUGGGAUUGUCCAAGCCAUGCUGACAUUGAUGAGAGGACAGACAUCUGGUCUUUAGGAUGUACCUUGUAUGCAAUAAUGUAUGGCGUAUCUCCAUUCGAGUAUGCGCUAGGUGAAUCUGGCGGUAGCUUACAGUUGGCCAUUAUCAAUGCUCAGGUAAAGUGGCCGCCAGGUCCCACUCCCCCUUAUCCGGAAUCUCUUCACCAAUUUGUGGUCUGGAUGCUUCAACCUCAGCCGGCUGUGCGGCCUCAUAUUGAUGACAUCAUCAUCCAUGUUGACAAACUUAUAUCAAAAUACUCCUAAUGCAGUUCCAUCUUUAUUCAAUUACUGUAAGUUGUUACUUCUUUAUACCAAGUGAAAGCUUGAUUGAGAAUUUUUAGAUGAAUCCUUUCGUUGAUAUUAUGCGCGAAUAUCAAAAUUUUCUAUUUUUUUUGGCUAGUUUCAGCUGACGUUACUUCUUUUUAUAUCUUUCUUUUGUUUUACGACGAGUGUUGUACAAAGUUUUCAGACAAAAUGAAGAACUGCUUAGGGCCUAAAUAAAGUCGUUUUCGGCCAUACAUGAGUGGAUGCA